UCCGAACCCAGUCCUGUAGACGCGCUCCAGCAGACCCAGGUGGAAUGGCACAGCCUAGUGGGAUCCUCAUCAAAGGAGGGAAAGUUGUGAACGAGGACUGCUCCGUGUUCGCCGACGUCUACAUAGAAAAUGGGAAAAUCGUGGAAGUUGGACGGAACUUGCAGAUCCCAGCGGGGGUGCGCGUCAUCGAUGCCAGCGGUAAACUGGUGAUACCGGGAGGCAUCGACACGCACACGCACAUGGAGCUGGCCUUCAUGGGCACCAAGGCUGUGGAUGAUUUCCACAUUGGAACCAAGGCGGCUCUGGCAGGAGGAACCACAAUGAUCCUGGACUUUGUCAUCCCUCAGAAGGGUAAAUCCCUUCUAGAGGCCUAUGACUGCUGGCGGAGGACGGCUGACCCCAAAGUCUGCUGCGACUACUCUUUGCAUGUUGCCGUCACAUGGUGGAGCGACGAGGUCAAGAAGGAGAUGGAGACUCUGACCAAAGAAAAGGGGGUGAACUCCUUUAAGAUGUUCAUGGCCUACAAAGAUGUGUUCAUGCUGCACGACUCUGAGUUAUACGCUGCGUUCUCCCAGUGUAAGGAGGUUGGAGCCAUAGCUCAGGUGCAUGCAGAGAAUGGAGACCUGAUUGCAGAGGGUGCCAAGAAGAUGCUCUCCAUGGGCAUCACGGGUCCGGAGGGCCACGAGCUGUGUCGGCCAGAGGAGGUGGAGGCCGAGGCCACCCAGCGGGCCAUCACCAUCGCCCAUUCUGUCAACUGCCCCCUGUAUGUGGUCCAUGUCAUGAGCAAAUCCGCUGCCAAGGUGGUGUCCAACGCACGCAGAGACGGCCGGGUGGUGUUCGGGGAGCCCAUCGCUGCCGGCCUGGGCACUGAUGGGACUCACUACUGGAACAAAGAAUGGGCUCAUGCUGCCAGCUUUGUCAUGGGUCCUCCUCUUAGACCCGACCCCAGUACCCCUGCCUACCUCAUGGACCUUCUGGCCAAUGACGACCUCAGUGUGACGGGAACGGACAACUGCACCUUUUCUCUGUGUCAGAAGGCCCUCGGCAAAGACGACUUCACCAAAAUCCCCAAUGGAGUGAAUGGUGUGGAAGACAGGAUGUCUGUCAUCUGGGAGAAAGGAGUGCACAGCGGCAAAAUGGACGAGAAUCGAUUUGUAGCUGUCACCAGCAGCAACGCAGCAAAAAUCUUCAACUUCUACCCGCAGAAAGGCCGCAUCGCCAAGAACUCGGAUGCUGAUGUGGUUAUAUGGGACCCCAAGUUGACGAGGAGGAUAUCAGCCAAGACCCACCACCAAGCCGUGGACUACAACAUCUUUGAGGGCAUGGAGUGCCACGGCGUCCCCGUCAUCACCAUCUCCAGAGGGAAAGUGGUCUACGAGGACGGAAGGCUGAACGUCACCCAGGGCCACGGCAGAUUCAUCCACAGAAACCCCUUCUCGGACUUCGUGUAUAAACGGAUCAGGCAGAGAGAUCAGGUGGGGAAACCUACAGCUGUGAUCAGAAAGCCCUAUGAGGGAGAAGUCAUAUCUGUGUGAACAGCUGACCUAGAACAUGAAAGCCACUUUGAACCUCCAGCUGUGAGUCCACGGAGCUUCCAGAAGCAGCCGAAGCCAAAGCCACACCAUGUCUGUUCUGAUUGGACCUGAGAUUUUACACAUAGCUUUUGACAUAUUUCUGGUGGUCAAACAUGGUAUUAUGCAGUUAUUCAAGCUCCUGUAUGCAGUAAAGGUGGGGUCAUUGAUCUGAAUCUCAAUCCUUAUCAAUGCUCUUUGACCAGAUAACACUGGUCUACAAUUUUUUUUUUUAAAUUA